CGGCAGCGGCUGCGCUCGGCUCGGCCCGGCCCGGCUCUGCCCCGCCCGGCUCCGCUGCGCGCUGUCCCCGCGGUGCCCCGGCCGAGCGCGGUGUCCCCGGUGCCGCCAAUGCCGGCGGCCGCUGGUGGCGGCGGGGCCGCGGCCGGGUGAGGCGGCGGCGGAGCGCGGCGGGGCCCGCGCCCUCCCUCCCGCACCAUGUCAGCGCCGGGCAAGUUCAAGAAGGACAAAGAGAUCAUCGCCGACUACGAGGCGCAGGUCAAAGAGAUCCGCAGCCAGCUGGUGGAGCAGCUGAAAUGCCUGGAGCAGCAGUCGGAGUCGCGGCUGCAGCUGCUGCAGGACCUGCAGGAGUUCUUCCGCAGGAAGGCCGAGAUCGAGCUGGAGUAUUCCCGCAGCCUGGAGAAGCUGGCCGAGCGCUUCUCCUCCAAGAUCCGCAGCUCCAGGGAGCACCAGCUCAAGAAGGACCAGCAGCUGCUGUCCCCUGUGAACUGCUGGUACCUGGUGCUGACGCAGACCCGCCGGGAGAGCCGCGACCACGCCACGCUCAACGACAUCUUCACCAACAACGUCAUUGUCAGGCUGUCCCAGAUCAGUGAGGACGUCAUCAGGCUCUUCAAAAAGAGCAAGGAGAUUGGCCUGCAGAUGCACGAGGAGCUGCAGAAGGUCACCAAUGAGCUGUACACGGUGAUGAAGACCUACCACAUGUACCAUGCAGAGAGCAUCAGUGCCGAGAGCAAGCUGAAGGAGGCAGAGAAGCAGGAGGAGAAGCAGUUCAACAAGGCAGGGGACAUGAGUGUGAACCUGCUGCGCCACGAGGAGCGGCCGCAGCGGCGCAGCUCCGUCAAGAAGAUUGAGAAGAUGAAGGAGAAGAGACAGGCCAAGUACUCUGAGAACAAGCUGAAGUGCACCAAAGCCAGGAACGACUACCUGCUGAACCUGGCGGCCACCAACGCGGCCGUCAGCAAGUAUUACAUCCACGACGUGUCCGACCUGAUCGACUGCUGUGACCUGGGGUUCCACGCCAGCCUGGCCAGGACGCUCAGGACGUACCUGUCGGCCGAGUACAACCUGGAGAGCUCGCGGCACGAGGGGCUGGACGCGCUGGAGGGCGCGGUGGACGCGCUGGACGCGCGCAGCGACAAGCACAGCCUCAUGGACAUGUGCAACCAGGUCUUCUGCCCCCCGCUCAAGUUCGAGUUCCAGCCCCACAUGGGGGAUGAGGUGUGCCAGGUGAGCGCCCAGCAGCCCGUGCAGACCGAGCUGCUGAUGAGGUACCACCAGCUGCAGUCCCGCCUGGCCACGCUCAAGAUCGAGAACGAGGAGGUACGGAAAACGCUGGAUGCCACCAUGCAGACCUUGCAGGACAUGCUGACAGUGGAAGAUUUUGAUGUUUCAGAUGCCUUCCAGCACAGCCGCUCCACUGAGUCGGUCAGAUCCGCUGCCUCAGAGACCUACAUGAGCAAAAUCAACAUUGCCAAGAGGAGAGCCAACCAGCAGGAGACUGAAAUGUUCUACUUCACUAAAUUUAAGGAAUAUCUGAACGGCAGUAACCUCAUCACCAAGCUCCAGGCUAAGCACGACCUGCUGAAGCAGACUCUGGGAGAGGGUGAAAGAGCUGAGUGUGGAACUACCAGGCCCCCAUGUCUUCCCCCUAAGCCACAGAAAAUGAGGAGACCUAGGCCUCUGUCAGUGUAUAACCAUAAACUCUUUAACGGCAAUAUGGAAACCUUCAUUAAGGAUUCAGGACAGGCCAUUCCACUUGUUGUAGAGAGCUGCAUCCGCUACAUCAACCUGUAUGGCCUCCAGCAGCAGGGCAUCUUCAGGGUCCCUGGCUCCCAGGUGGAAGUCAAUGACAUCAAGAACUCCUUUGAGAGAGGUGAGGACCCCCUUGCUGAUGAUCAGAAUGAGCGAGACAUCAACUCAGUGGCUGGAGUCUUGAAGCUGUAUUUCCGAGGACUGGAAAACCCCCUCUUUCCUAAGGAAAGGUUUCAAGAUUUGAUAUCUACUAUAAAAAUGGAGAACCCUGCAGAGAGAGUGCACCAGAUCCAGCAGAUCAUUGUCACUCUGCCUCGGGCUGUCAUCGUGGUCAUGAGAUACCUCUUUGCAUUCCUUAACCACCUGUCCCAGUACAGUGAUGAGAACAUGAUGGAUCCCUACAACCUGGCCAUCUGCUUCGGGCCCACGCUGAUGCACAUUCCCGACGGGCAGGACCCCGUGUCCUGCCAGGCCCACGUCAAUGAGCUCAUCAAAACCAUCAUCACCCACCACGAGGGCAUCUUCCCCAGCCCCCGGGAGCUGGAGGGGCCUGUCUACGAGAAGUGCAUGGCCGGAGGGGAGGAGUACUGUGACAGCCCGCACAGCGAGCCGGGCACCAUCGAUGAGGUGGAUCAUGACAAUGGGACAGAGCCACACACCAGCGACGAUGAGGUGGAGCAGAUUGAAGCCAUAGCCAAGUUUGACUACGUUGGACGGUCUCCUCGGGAGCUCUCCUUCAAGAAAGGGGCCUCACUCCUGCUGUACCACCGGGCGUCGGAGGACUGGUGGGAAGGGAGGCACAACGGGGUGGACGGGCUCAUUCCCCACCAGUACAUCGUGGUGCAAGACAUGGAUGAUGCAUUCUCUGACAGCCUGAGCCAGAAGGCCGACAGCGAGGCGAGCAGCGGGCCCCUGCUGGAUGACAAAGCCUCCUCCAAGAACGACAUCCAGUCCCCAACAGAUCAUAUCAUGGACUAUGGCUUCGGGGGCGUGAUGGGCAGAGUGAGACUGAGGUCUGAUGGUGCAGCCAUCCCCCGGCGCCGCAGCGGGGGGGACACCCACAGCCCGCCCCGAGGGAUGGGGCCUGGCAUGGACACCCCCCCUCGAGCAGCAGCCUGCCCCAGCAGCCCCCACAAGAUCCCCCUCAACAGGGGCAGGAUGGAGAGCCCCGAGAAGCGCAGGAUGGCCACGUUCGGCAGCGUGGGCAGCAUCAACUUCCCCGACAGGAAGGCCCUGGCUGACAGCCACCCCCUGAGAUCCACCUGUGGAUCCACCCGGCACAGCAGCCUGGGGGAUCAGAAAUCCCUGGAAGCAGAAGCUCUUGCUGAGGACAUCGAGAAGACCAUGAGCACGGCGCUGAACGAGCUGCGGGAGCUGGAGCGGCAGAACACGGCCAAGCAGGCGCCCGACGUGGUGCUGGACACGCUGGAGCCGCUGAAGAACCCGGCGCUGGGCGCGGCCAGCUCGGAGCCGGCCAGCCCGCUGCACACCAUCCUGAUCCGCGACCCCGAGGCCGCGCUGCGCCGCAGCAGCAGCUCCACCUGCGAGAUGAUGACCACCUUCAAGCCGGCGCUGUCGGCGCGGCUGGCGGGGGCGCAGCUGCGGCCGCCGCCCGUGCGGGCCCCGCGCCCCGCGGUGCAGCAGCGCUCCAGCAGCAGCAGCAGCUCGGGGCUGGGCAGCCCCGCCGUCACCCCCACCGAGAAGCUCUUCCCCGCCGGCUCGGCCGACAAGUCGGGCACCAUGUAGGCGCGGCACGGCCCGGAGCCCUGCUGGGAGCCCUGCAGGGAGGGAGGCGCCCUGGGGCCCGGGCUGGUGCUGUCCAUCCGUGUGUGUAUGUACAUAGCUGUGCACACACCCCAUCCCUGCACAAACUCCCCGAGCUUCAGUCCUACGGCAGCAGGAGACGGCAGGUCUACGUGUUGGCACUGGAGAACACGCUCAGUGUAGAAGUAUAUAUUAAAAACUAAGUGUACAGAAUUCAGUGACUUUUUAAAACAGUAGAUUUACCUCAGAAACUGGCUCUGAAAUGUCCUCUCUGGAGACAGUGGGUUGGUCUGGGUUUCCAAGGCUGUCUGUGCACGUGGAAGCCCACACUGCAGCAGCUGUGUGUCAAGCAAUACAAGGCCAUCCUGGAAUUUAUUUUCUGUACCUCUUAGCAUAAAAAAAAAGGGAUGGGAAUACAGUGGGGUCUGUUCACUGCUGGGCUGUGGAGAAGAGCUGGAAAUCCAUAGAUGACCAUGUGUGUCGGCCAGCUGGAGUCUCCAAUCCUGAAUCCUGAGAUGUUUUCUGUGCCCGUGAUGCCCUGGCAGCAGGGACAAGGUGUGAGCCAUGAAUGGGAAUGGAGUGAGUGUCAUGAGAGGGACAGGCUGAGGGGUGUGCCAUCCCCCUCGUGCAGGAGGAUGCUGCGCUGGCACCGUGGGACGCUGCUGCUCUCAAGUUUUCAGAGUGAACAAGGACCAGUGACCAAACCUGUGGUAAAGCAUGGAGUAACUUACAGAGUUUGGAGAUUCUUCAUCUCCCUUUCCCCAGGCGCUUUUUCCUUUCCUUUUUUUUAAUCAAAGCCCAAGCCAGUGGUCUCUCGAGAGUCAGGCCUGGGCAGCAGGAGGGGUCUCGGGUCAGAGUGGUUGUCCUGCAUGAGAAGCAUGAGCCCUGUUUGACCACAUCAGAUGCAGAACGGAUCUUAUGGGUGAUACUUUGCACUUUCUGUACUGUACCACACAAUACAGCUGUUUGAGUUUAUGCAAAGGAAUCUACAUUUUGUUUUACCCACAGAAAAAAUACGCAGAAGGCUGAGGAUUGCAUGGUCCUGUCUGAUACUCCAGAUUCCUCUGUAAGCACUGAAUCCAAGAUGCUCUGUGCUUCUCCUGCAGCUUUUCCUUGUACAGAUUUCCAUGCAAUGCCCCAUGGUUUGAUUUGGCACUUCCCCAUGGCCACGUGCUAAUGUCUCCUGACGUUCAUCCUUCCUCCCUGCUAUCUCUGAUCCUGCAUCUCUGUGCCUGGGUGAAGACACCUGCACCUCCUGACUCACCCAGCAGCCACCUACCCUGCCUGGGGCUUUGCUUGUCCCCCCUUCAUGUUCCUCAUCUCUCCAGCACUGCUGUGGGCCCCAGCUCUGCAGGAGGAGCAGCCUGACUCGCAGAAGGCAGUGGAGGCACUGACAGGCUGGCAGGACCCGUCAGUCCUGCAGUGGCUCGUGUCUCCUUGGCUGGGGAGCUGACACGUGCACCAGGCUGCCUGUCUGGUCACACCUGUGCCUCCUGCUUGUCCUUCCACAGCUGCACCCCCACACCUGCAUCUCACCUGCCCCCUGGCACUGGCCACAGAGCUGCCCUGGCAGCCCUUGGGGGCAGCUGUGCCUGCCCCUCCCCUCACGCCCCGCUCUGCCAGCCCUGUAAAUAUUGCUGUACUUGCUUAACUGCUCUAAAGUAACUGUUAACCUGUAAACUGUACAAAAAUAGGCUAAAGUUAGGUAAAGGCGAUGCCACUCAACGACUCUUUGCACUUAGUAGGUAGCUCAAUGUACAAAUAAACCCAGAAAUAACAAAGCAAUCCCGAAGGGAGCAGCUCUGCCGUGCCCUCCCUGUCACUGCAGGGCAGGCGCUGUGUGUGCUUGUUGUGAACGUCCUUGGCGUUUGGUUCAUCUUGGUGUUGAUUUCUCCACCCUCUCCUGCCCUGGCACAGCCCCUGGCACAGCAGCUGCAGAUGCUCAGCCAGGCUGGGCUGGUCAGGGACCUGUGCAGGGCAGGAAGGACCCAUUUGGCACCACUGCUGUGUAUCCAUUGCCAGUAAUUAUUUCUUCUGUUUCCAUUUAGUUUCUGGAGAACGUUCACCUUGGCAGUUUUCUGUUUUUUAUAUUCUUUCUGAGAUGACUUGAGAGCAAACCCAUCUUCAUUAGGGGUUUUAUUUCCUCCCUUCUUACGUUUGACCAUACGGUACAAAUUCCAGUGUCUUUCUAUUAAAUUAUUGCCUUUCGUUUUC